UAGCUGUCACCCAAAAAAUAAUAUAGAAGUCACAGCGAAAACGAAAAGAGAAUUUUCUUCUUUGCAAAAAUUAAGAAAAAUGUUUCCAAAUUUAUAUUUUAUUUUAUUCAAUAUCAAUCGAUUAGUGAAUUAAUUUUUCGUCAAAAUUUUACGUAAACAUAAAUACUAAAUAUCGGUUUGGAAACUUUUCGUUCGUAGAAGAAAAGAAAAAAGAAAAAAACUUCAUUAACCACCCAGAAAAACGGACGGAACAAAAUCACAGAAACAGAAACGCAACAAUCAAUCGCACAUACAAAACAUAUCACACGUUAAUUCUUUUUUUAUUAAUAAACGAAAAAAUAAAUCGGAUGAGUCCUGCUCCAUUGUCGUGGGAGUGGAGGAGUGAAAAAUAUGCACAAACCGUUGCACGACGAAACACAAAAAAGCAACGUUAGUGUUUCCAAAAGGAGUCUUGAAUCUGCUUUUUUUGCUUUUCUUUUUGGUAAUUGAACAAUUCCGGAGAGAGAGGUUCCGGAGCUUAGUGGUGAAAUAUCAAGGAUAAGGAUUACUUAAGUAUAAGAAACAUGGGCGGCUGCAUUGGACUUCACAGUACGGACAACGAAACGGUCAGCGUGUCCUCGGCCAGUGUAUCUCGGCCUCCGACAGGUCCGAAUGUAGGUCCAUCACGUAAAAAUCAUCCCCUGUGCCAUGAAACGAUACGUUGGCGUUCCGAUGUGCCUUUAACCGAAGGUCAAUUGCGUUCGAAACGUGAUGAAUUCUGGGACACAGCGCCGGCCUUCGAUGGUCGUAAAGAAAUCUGGGACGCUUUAAGAGCUGCGACAACAGCAGCUGAAGCAUUAGAUUUCCAAUUAGCUCAAGCUAUUCUCGAUGGAGCGAAUGUUUCUGUCCCGAAUGGCUAUCUCACAGAGUGCUAUGAUGAACUGGGUACGCAGUACAAAGUACCAAUUUAUUGUCUGUCAUAUCCUAUUAACAUAGUUAAGGAAGAAAACGGUCGUGAUUCACCUGCGGAAUUUUCAGAACCAGUAGACGGUGGAACGGAGGUUGUUCUUAAACUACGCAUCUCCUCCACAAUGUCUGAUGUUAAACUUUCAGUAUACUCAAAAGACAUGAUAGGUCAAUGUAAAAAGAAACUACAGGCUGUUGAAGGAAUUGAUGCGUGCUGCCAGCGAUGGUUCUAUAGUGGUAAACUUCUUGGUGACAAAGUGCCCCUCGAAGAUUGUCACAUACAAAAUGGUUAUGUGGUGCAGGUUAUAGUCAACACCGAACACUAUAACCAUGAUAUGAUAAAUAGUGUACCUAUUGCUAGCUAGCCAAAAAUCCCACAGCUUAACCUUACGCACACUCAACUGCAACACCAACAGCAAAAGCAACAGAAUCAGAAACUGCAAGAAGAAACACUAGAGCAAAAACUAACAUCUAUAGUAAAAGUAGAAGGACAGCCGCAACUGAAGGCCUUAAGCGCAAUAAACUGGCAAAGUGUUGUUCCGCAAUCCAACGCAAUUCUAAGAUAAACAAAAAUAAAACACACAACGUCUAACAACAAGCAACGCCCGAGUCUCUUAAGCUCUCUAAAAUCCGACAACGAGACUUGACUUCGCAUUGUUAACUAUAAAAGAAAAUUUUGAAAAUUUAAUAUUAUUAUUGAAAUAAAAAGUUAAAACUGUAUAACUGUUUAUAAAGGCCCAGUGUAUAGCCACGAAUCUACAUACAUAAUAUACAUACCAUGUAUUACGUUAGGCUGUACUUCUUAAUUAUUUAAUCAACAAUGAGUUAUUUUUUAAGAACUUUUAAGUAUUUUUUGCUAAGUGUUUUUGCAUAUUGAACCCCACGCCAGAAGUGAAUUUUUAAAAAACAAAAAACACUCAAUAAACCACUCACCGUCAGUGUGUAGCAUAAAUUUGUUAAAUAUAUAUAUAAAAAAAUAAUAGUUUAUCAUUGAUUUUUGAUUUUGCAUUCAGUUGCAAAAAGCAAUAAAUAUACAAACAUAUAUAUGGUUAGCACAGCAUUUUAGUUGUAAACAAAAGAUAAGAAAGGAAAUCAAAAAUAUCUAAAAACUGCUCAAGCGCUGGAGCGCAUAAUUUUACUUAUUUCUUUUUUAAUCUUAUUCAUACAAACAACAGAUUUCCUAGUAUGCAGUAGUUAAAAGUUUUUAGUAUUUUUUUUGUUAACAACAAAUUAUUAUCAAGACACCAGCAUCGAUAAAAAAUUAAAAACAAAAAACAACGGCUGGUACGUUUUUGUUAUAUUAUAUAUGUUUUGAAAUUAAUUUGAACAUUUUUUAAUUACUAAAAAAAAGCAAAGGAGUUAGUUUUAUUAUUAAUUUUUUAAAAAAUAUUUUUUAUAUUAUUUAUCUUUACCUCUUCCUUUCCCAAACACUACUUUUUUUGUUAACUCGAUAUUCGAGAUUGAUUGUAAAUGUAGAAUAACAAUUCGAGAAAAAAAGAAAAACAAAAAUAUAAGAGAACAAAAAUUAUAUAUACAAAUGCGAUUUAUUCGAAAACAAAAAUAACAAAAAAUAUAAAAAAAACAUAAAAUUUUCUAUAUAAGAAGAA